GCCCGGAGAGGCGGGAGGAGGAGGACCAAGGGGAGGGGAGACUCUCGGGAAAGGCAGCGGGGAGCAGUGAGAGGAUGGGAAGCCCUGCCCGGGGGAGAAUGCAGUUGAAAGGAUGAGAUAGAGAUUUUUCCUCAUGUACCAUGUCUGCUGGCAAAGAAAAGGAUGAUAUUCUGUCUGAUCAUAGCAUCGCCAGUGAUUCUGAGCUGGAAGAAGAUCCCUACGCUCCAUAUGGCUCCCCAGAACUACGCGCCUAUAAUUACAAAGGUAACUCCUUCCAUGAUCCCUACUCCCAGCGCUCGACCCAGAUCGUGUUCGAAUACCGUUCGGGAAGGAAGAUCGCCAGGCUGAGGGCCCCCCGAGAUCUCUAUGGGGUGUCGCCCGCCAGUUUCCUUCAUCUGCCCCGCUGGCCGUAUGAGUGUGAAGUGCUGAAGGAGAAAGUGGAGCACAUAGAAUGGAAUCCCCCCACACCAGAGCCAAUGUACCGGCCCACGGCUUUAGCGAAAGAGGCAGUGCACGUGGAACCCACAGAAGGAAAUGUGGUCUAUGAGACCAAUGAAGGCAACAAAGGGCCGUAUUUCAUGUACUCCAGGGUGGGGGGGUGUCACAGCCCCACCCCUCAGGUGCCCCCACACGGCUGGGAGGAGUCGGACAACACGCUGGAGUUCGAGGCUCGCUUCGAAAGUGGAAAUCUGCAGAAAGCAGUCCGGGUGGGUGAAUACGACUACCAGCUCACCCUACGCACCGACCUGUACACCGCCCGCCACACCCAGUGGUUUUACUUCCGAGUCAGGAACACCCGAGCCGGCGUCCCUUACCGCUUCACCAUCACCAACCUCAGGAAACCGGCCAGCCUCUACAGCCGGGGUAUGCGGCCGCUCAUAUAUUCCGAGCUGGAGGCGAAAAGCCGCGGCAUCGGCUGGCACCGAACCGGAGAGAAUAUAAAGUACUACAGGAACAACCUUGACCAAGACGGCCAAUCGUUAUUCUCCCUGUCUUGGACCUUCUGCUUCCCGCACUCUAUGGACACCUGUUACUUUGCGCACUGUUACCCUUAUACCUAUUCCAACCUACAGGAUUACUUGGCCGGGAUCACCAGUGACCCGGAACGCUCCAAGUUCUGUAAGAUCAGAGUCCUGUGCCAUUCCUUAGCCGGGAACCGGGUUUAUGUAUUGACCAUCACCAACCCAUCUCCCACCACCGACCGACCAAUCAGGAAGAAAGCUGUGAUAGUGACGGCCAGGGUCCACCCCGGGGAGACCAACAGCUCGUGGGUAAUGAAGGGCUUCCUGGAUUUCCUGCUGAGCCCCAGUAAUGACGCCCGAGUCUUACGCGACUCCUUAGUCUUCAAGGUGGUACCGAUGCUCAACCCGGACGGUGUGAUUGUGGGUAAUUACCGCUGCUCCCUCACUGGCCGCGACCUGAACCGCAACUACAAGUCCAGGCUGAAAGAUUCAUUCCCCUCCAUCUGGUUCACCCGCAACAUGAUCCGGCGUGUGAUGCAGGAGCGGGAGAUACUGCUGUAUUGUGACCUACACGGACACAGCCGGAAGCAGAACGUCUUUAUGUAUGGCUGCAAAAAGAGUUCCAGAGAGUACCAGGCUAAACAGGAGUACUUGUAUGAGCGCAUGUUCCCAUUCAUGCUAAGCAAGAACGCCCCAGAAAAGUUUUCUUUCUCAAGCUGUAAGUUCAAGAUGCGGAAGAGUAAGGAGGGAACUGGGCGAGUAGUGAUGUGGAAGAUGGGCAUACAGAACAGUUACACCUUAGAGGCCACGUACUGUGGUUCCACCCUGGGCCCGCGGUGCGGAACCCAUUUCAGUACCAAAGACCUGGAAUCGGUGGGACACCAUUUUUGCGAUACACUGUUGUACUACUGCAACCCAGAGCAACCCAAGCACUGCGACUUCCUAAACGAGUUGGAGGAAAUGAUGACGCAGCAAGUAAAAGCCAGGAGUGGCCAACUCGACCCCCAAUCCCUGUUGGGCGAUAUCCUGUCGGAUCUGGAUUCCAGUACUGCCGGUUCUGACAGCUCUGACUCCAAUGCACCCCCUGCUCACCUCAUGGAAAUGGCUUUAAAGAUGAAACCCACGAAGAAGGUCCUGAAGACAAAAAAGGAGAGAAACUUGCUCCGGAGCCGUCAGUUAAACAUAAAGCAAGAAACCCAGGAUGCCGAGGGAGCCACGCGGGGAGCCGAGCAUCAGAUAAGCGAAAUUGCCAUGCGAUUGGCUGCGCUGCCGAAGGCGACUGAGUUGCAGAAACCGCCCGCGAAGAUCAGGACUUCCGCUCCCAAACUUCCCCAAGAGGAUUUCUUCCAUAUUCCAGAUAAUAAAAAGGUGUCAGUGGUGUAUCUGGUGUUCAACCCCGACGGGCAAGUCAUUUCCACCAAGUCCCACACGUGUCUCAGGAACGAAGGCAUAAAGGACAUUUCAAACACCAUAGGCGGAUUUGCCUGGAGCCGCCCCCCGCCGUUGUUAAAACGUCUCUUGUCCCAGAAGCUCCCUCACACCAAUGAGCUUCAGCAGAUCGGUUCCUCGAAUGGCCCCGCCUUCAUCUCCGACUCCUCUGCGACCAACAUCCCCAACUCUGGGAGCCAUCGGGAUUUACAAAUGGGAGGAGCCGUAGAGCAAUCAGGAAAUGGUUCUGUUACUUGUUCCAUAUACAGCCCGAAUAAACAGUCCCGAUACAAUGUGUCUCACGCUAUCAGAGCCCGGGGCCUGUGGAUUGGAGGAAUGGCUGCAGAUUUAGCCCGCGCUACGUUUCUGCUCUAUGAUCCAGUUAACUGCAACUUGAUGCUGAGCCAAGAAGCCAACGGUUUGGCCCUCACCAAUCCGGAAAAGCCCUCGGAGACCCCCAAGGUUCCUGAUUUCCCAGGACAUAAAGUGAUCAGCCCCCUACUCAGCGCUAAAGAGAAACUUGGGAGUAGUUCUGCCCCGCCGGGCACCAUGGAGCGCUGUGGGAGGGGUAACCGCAUGGAAGCAACGGAAGCCCUGUCCCUCCCUGCCAUACCCACCAACCGGGCAACGGUAUUCAGUGGCUUGUGUGAGCCCAACCUGCUGCAGCCCAAAGCCGACACCAGGCAACGACCAAAAAGGACUAUUUUGCCUCAAAUGAUGCUUCGCUCUGAAACAUCCAAGUCUUCCAGUAGCCCCGCCCUUCCUGCUUCCUGCCAGCCGAAAGGCAACGCUACGCGGGUGAAGGGGACUCUGGGUAACGUUCUGUGCCGCAGUACGAGGUGCCAGGAGGCAGUUAAAGAAAACUGUGGCGCGGCACGGAGCAACUGGAGAGACAUUCUGACUGGCCUGGAGUCAGGUGACACAGCCGGACCUUUAUACACGCGUGAAAUGAACUCUAUCAGCCCCCACGAGGAUGGCACAUAACCCCUCACCUCCAUUUUAUAGUAAAUUGCCUGUUAUUACCCCGAUUUUUACCCCCCUGAUUGGUUAUUGUUAUUGUUUAUUUAAGAUAUUCUCUAUAUUGUUUAAUUAAAGCAAUACUGUUUCAGCCAA